AUGGAUACGGAUCCAGCCAAAUACGACCAUAUGCCACCACCCAAACUCCCGGCAUCCGCAACUUGGAACAAUUUGUCUUCUGUGCCUUCGACCAGUCCUAGUGUCAAGACAUCUUACCUCAAGCCCCGCCGUCAAUCAUCUGUGUCUAGUAUAACAAAACAAUCGGCGUCCCCUCGCAAGCCCAGUGUCAGCAGUGAACAAGGCGUCAACUUGGAGCCAACUCGUUCAAAUGAUUCUUCUGGGAGUCUGGAUCCCUCGCAUACCCGACCCAACAGCACCUAUGUGUCUCCGUGGUGGCGGAUGAGGAAAUGCGCAGGCUUGGAGCCAAACGGAAGAGACUUUGAAAGCGCCGCCAAAGCAUUGGAUGAACUGCGUCGCAAGGCGGGACCAAAGGAUCGUGUCAGUCCCGCUGCGGCUCUCAAGAUGGCCAAUUUGAACAUCUUUGAGCGCGGCGAAAUUAUUGAUUACCGAGACAUCUUCUUCUGCGGCACUCAAAAUGCGAAGAAGCAUGUCGGGGAUCUUCACUCUGGUGCUGCAAAUUUCGGAUAUGACGACGAUAGGGGCGACUAUAACAUCGUGAUGGGCGAUCACCUUGCAUACCGCUACGAGGUUGUGGAUGUCCUUGGUAAGGGAAGUUUCGGACAAGUCGUGAGAUGUGUCGACCACAAGACUGGUGCUUUGGUCGCAAUCAAGAUCAUUCGCAACAAGAAGCGUUUCCAUCAACAGGCUUUGAUCGAAGUCAACCUUCUCCGCAAGCUGAAGGACUGGGACCCGGAUCGCCGCCACAGCGUGGUCAACUUUGUUGAGAAUUUCUACUUCCGUGGCCAUCUCUGCAUAUCGACGGAACUCCUGGGAAUCAAUCUUUACGAGUUUCAUCAAGGCUCACGACUUCCGAGGCUUCAACAUCAAGCUCAUUCGGCGAUUCACCAAGCAAAUGCUCAGCAGUCUUACCCCCUCUUGCAUGCAAAGAAGGUCAUUCAUUGCGAUUUGAAACCCGAGAACAUUCUUCUCGUUCACCCCGUCUACACUUACAUCCAGAGUCGUUUCUACCGGUCACCUGAGGUCAUCUUGGGCAUGUCAUACGGUGAGAACGAACAGGAGCAACUGGCCUGUAUCAUGGAAGUCUUCGGUCCUCCAGAGAAGCACUUGAUUGAAAAGAGCACGCGCAAGAAGUUGUUCUUUGAUUCCCUGGGCAAGCCACGUCUGACCGUUUCGUCCAAGGGACGGCGCCGUCGUCCCAGCUCUAAAGAGCUUCGUCAAGUUCUCAAGUGCGACGAUGAGGCUUUCCUGGAUUUCAUCACCCUCUGUCUGCGCUGGGAUCCUGCCCGCCGAAUGACCCCUCACGAGGCGCUGAAGCACGAAUUCCUUACCGGUAUCAAGCCGACAGCUCGCCCCAGGAUGUAUGCUCAGACCACCGCAAGCUCACCCUCUAAGCGUGGCGCCUCAGUGGGCGCCCGCUUCCGGAGCCUCCCAGCUCGAACCUUGAAGACCGGCGGAUUUCUGCGCUACCCGUGA